AUGGGCGAACUGUCAACGACGUGGCAGCCGCGGCUGCUACUGCAGUCCUUCUGCAGCAACGCGGCGACGGUCUCCUCGCUCAACCUCGCUUCUUCACCUUCUCUCUCCUCUUCCGUCCAGGCUGAGAACUCUCAGCUGCUUUUCUCGCUCAAUGGCGGCUCGCUCUUCGCCGUCCCGCUGGACGCCGCCAUCGGCGCGAGUGAGCGUAGGGCGGCGGAGCCCCGCUCCAGAAAGACAGAGGACGCCGACGCAGCCCAAGAUGGCGCGCGAGACGACCCCCUCGCGUCCGCGCCAUCGCCUGUGUUCCUGCGACACCCCGUCGCCGCUCCGCAGCAACUCAUAAACGAGGAAAUCGCUGAAGGUAUUGCAGCCUUCGCCACGUGCAACCUGUCGCCGUCUGCGUCGCAGACCUCCCACCCGUCGUCGCUCUUCGCGCGCGGUGAGGCCGCUUCAGAACGCGAGGGCCUUCUCGUCACUGCCGGCGCAAGCACUGGGCUCCUGCGCUGCUUCCGCGUGCACGUCCAGCCGCAGCGCGCCAUCGCACCCGCAGACGACGAGGACGAGGAAACGGCGGAGGAGUCUCGGGGACUUCAGCUGCUUCGCUCGAUGCAGCAGAGAGCCGCGGGCGGCGACGGGCAAGACAACGAGUCGCCGCUGUGCCUCAACGGAGAGAACGGCGCGGGCGCCUGGCUCAAGAUGGAAGAACUGAUCAAGUGGCGAGGCUCUCGCGGGGUCGCGCGUCUGCUGGCGCUCUCGCAGCCGUUUGAGCCGCCGUUUCUGCUCAGCCGCGGUCGCAAGGCCGUCUGCAGGUGUCUGGCGGUGGGCUACGCCGACGGGGCGGUCGAGUGUCAUUUGUUUUUGUUCUUCUUCGGACGCGCGGCGAGGCCCGCGGCUGCCGAGCAGGGCGACAACGCCGACAGCAAGGACGCGAAGGGCGCUGAGAGCCAAGGCGAUGAGAUUCGCCUCGUCAGCAUGCAAGUCGUCCAGCGGUGCUUCGCCGAGCAGUUCAACGGUGAAGCGGUCAAUGCGCUGAGGUUCCAUCCGUCUCGCCUUUUGCUGGCAGUCGGCGGCGAGCGCGGGCGGCUGCAGCUCGUCGACUUGGCGCCGGCGGUAUUCUCCUCGCUCGCGUCGCUGACCGGUCGCGCGCCCGCAGACGCGCCGCGGAGACGGAGUGUCUACGCUCUCAGCGAUCACAUGUCGGCGAUCAACAGUCUCGCGUUUGCGGCGGCUUUCGAGGGCGCCAAGAAGAAGGCGAAGCCCUUCGGCAGGGAGCGAGAAACAGACGGCACGGCGCAGCCGCAGGCGCUCGGCGUCCUCGUGUCUGCCGGAGGAGACAAGCUCGUUAACUUUUGGAACUUGGAGGAAAGCCUGUCGAGCUCUGCCGGCGACCUCGAGACGCUUGCGUUCGAGCUGGGCGGCCGGAGGGGCGAGGGCAAGAAGAAGGGCUCGAGGCUCGCGGACUGGGAGGAGCGCGCGAACGCGCCGAGCGAGUUGACGCCGAGUCUUCAGCUGCCAACGUCUGAACUGAUCACAGCCAUGGUGUACGUGCACACCAAGACGGCCGACGUGCGAGCCAAGAAGCGAGAGGACAAAUGCGACGACGCAGACGAGGAGCGGGGGCUGCUCUUUGUCGGCGGUGAAGAGGGAAAUCUCCUCGUAUUCUCGCUCAAGCAGCGCAAAUUCAUCAAGACUGUGCCGCUACCGACUCGCAGCGCCGCGGCGGUCGCGUCGUCGCUUCCGGGGCAUUCGUCGUCUUCGAGGGGGCGGCAAGUCUCUGAGGACUUGAACGCCGUGGUUCGCUCGCUGACUCUGGUUCAGAGAGAGGCGCGUCUCCACCUGAUGGUGGCGCAGGAGUCUGGCGUGAUCUCGCUGUUUCCGCUCGCCGCCUUUUUUUCUCAGGGGACUCUCGCGUCCUCCUCCCUGCCCUCCCGCAGCAAGCCGAGCUUCUUCGUGGGAAGAAUGGAAGGCAUCUUGGCGUCGCGCUUCCUGCCGCAGCCGCCCGCCGGCUGCCGCUGUCCCUGUUGCUCUUUGCGACGAGCAGCUCCACAGGUCGAGGGCGAGCGAGGAAAAAGAAAGCGAGAAGAGCAAGAGGGAGCGGCCAUCGAAGACGAAGACACCUCGGAUGCCGCGCGGGCGUCCUCGGCGUUUCCGCGCUCACUCGUUGCACUGGUAGGCGAAAGGCAGCCGUGGCUGCUUCGCCUGGAUGACGUCUCAGGCGCCGGUCGGCCGAUCGGCUGGGGCGACGCGGACGGAGACUGCGCCGGCUCCAAAUCGCCCGCAGCCCUCGUCGAGGCCCACGAGGCCCCUGCCGCGUGCUGCGACGUCUCGCGCAAAGGGUGCUGGGUCGUCAGCGGCGCUUCCGACGGCUCCAUCGCCGUCUGGCACGUCGCCUCGGGGCGCCUCCUCGCGCGCGUCCCCUCCGGACACCACGGCGGCGCGAUCAACGCGGUCGCUCUUCAGCAGAAGGAAUGGGUGCGCGCGUCGCCGUUGUUCAAGAAACCUCAGGAGGGCGCUUGCUCCAGCGAAGACGCUUCCGCCUCGCCGUCUCGUAAGGCCAGCAAGGCGCGGUCUGCUGCGUCUCCAUCCGCGACCUCGGGCGCAGGAUGGGCGGGGAUGCUUUGCUCGUGCGACUGCCGAGGCAUCAACUCUUCCACUCCGCAUUCGCUUAUCUUCGCAGCGGCCUCCUCGGGCGACCACGCUGUGAAGCUGUGGCGGGCGGAGAUUACACCAGGCUUUCUCUUGAACGAGAAGCAGUAUGCCUUUGAAGGGAAGCCCGGCAAAGCGAAAAACAAAGAGCGCGAAGCAGCCGGCGCCGCUCCGCAGGUCCUCGUGACCUCACUCGCGUCGGUUGUCGCGCACAGAAAAGAAAUCAACGACAUCAAAAUCUCACCGAACGACUCGCUGCUCUGUACCGUCAGCCAGGACAAGACCGGCAAGCUCUUCUCCUUCCCUUCGCUCGCAUACAUCGGAGAGCUCCGCGGGCACACGCGCAGCAUCUUCGCCUGCGCCUUCCCCAAGAGAGAAAAACUUGUCGCGACUGCUAGCGCAGACGCCACUGUGAAGCUCUGGAACGUGAACACCCUCGCGUGCAUAAAGACCUUCCAGAGCACCGUUGGAGGCGGAAUUCUCGCGUUGAGUUUCUUGUCCAGAGACACGCAGCUGGUUACUGGCACGAGUGAAGGCCUCUUGGAGCUGUGGAACUGCAGGACCGCGGAGUGCGUCGGCACGCUCCCCGCCGUUCACGAGGAAAACAAGAUCUGGUGUCUCGACGUCUGCGCGCCAGCGAUGGUCACGGGGGGCUCUGGCGGGCUUCUCUGCCUAUGGGAAGACAUCACGAAACUGACUCGACGCAAAGCUCAGGUGGCGCAGCUGCGGGAGACACAGCAGCUGGCGGCUCUGAAGCUGUUGGCGGCCGAGGGGCGCGGCACGGAGGUCUUUUCUCUGCUUCUGCGUUUGCGAAGGAAGGCAGGAAUGCGCGAAUUCUUGGAGGGUCACUUCGGAAAGAUUCUGCUGCGCGCGUUCCAGCGCGGCCUCGACCUGCAGAGGCAGCUCUCGCUCGCCUCUUCUUCGUCGCUCAAGCCCGGCUCUUUGUUCGGCGCAGACCUCGAUUCGUCUCCGGCGACGUUCCAUCGUUUCGCGUCUUUCCUGGAUUCUCUGGAAGCCGAAGCGGAGUCGCCGGAAGGCGCGGACCGACGCGGGAAGAAGGGCAGGCGGGCGGGCGGCGCGGCGCAAAACGAAGCGAGUCGCGCGAAGUGGACGGCAGGCGAGAGCCUGAGAGGCGCGUUUCUGCGCGACCUGGACGGCGAACUGUCGCUGCUUGACUUGCUGCGGACUCUGAAGAAAAAGGACAUCAAGACGCUGCUCCAGUUCGCCACUGAUUGGAACAGCGACAGCCACACAGCGUGGCUCGGGCAGGGCCUCAUGAACCUUCUUCUGGAGGUGCGAGGCGCGGAGGCCAUCUUCGGAGGCGACAAGGACAGGAAGCGCCAGGAGGAACUCGAAAACUUCGUCGGGAGCUUCUGCGCCUACACCGCGAGACACGAGAGGCGGUUGAACGCGCUCAUCGAGAAGAGCUUCUUACUUGAUCUUCUACAGGGAUGCGAGGGCGACGGCGGCCUGGGCUACGAUGUGAGACGCAAGACAAAGGGCGAGCUGGGUCACGAAUAUGCCAAGGAGGAGGUACGAAGUGCCGCAGAGGCAACCGCGUUCACUCGGCUGUGCCUGUACGGAGAAGACGAGGCAAAGACGGAGACGAAGGAGAAAGGCAAGAAGACCCUCGAGGCCGAGGAUGACGCAGAUACACAGUCAGCCGAAGACGAGGAAGAGGUGGAUGAAAGCGAAGAAGAAGAGGACGAAGAGGAACAAGGCGACAGUGAAGAUGGAGAGGGCGACAGCGAAGCUGAAGACGAAGCAGCAGAAGACGUCGAAGAUGACUCUGAAGCGGACUGA